AUGCCAAAAGUUGUAAAAAGUUCGGCUCGAGAAUUGAUAUUAAAGGUGAAAGAGUUCUGUGAAGCGGAACAAAAGAAUAAAGGUGUUUUAAUACCACUAAACAAUGUUCGGAAGAGAGUUGCCGCCAUAACAGGUGUGUCAGAGAAAACUGUAUCAAGAAUUACAAACGAAGGUGUAACAGCGGCGUGUACUUCAAAAAAAAUUGUAACCCCCGGGGAAGAGUCGCCCGCAUCCGAAAAAGUUCGACUUAGACGGGUUCGAUUUGUGCGCUAUCCGGCAAAAAAUUUACAGUUUUUACGUCGUACAUAA